GGCACAGCUACCCAGUUGGAUCAACCAAAAUCGCCAAGUCAGCGGAUACAGCAACAACCCGAUCUUCCGGAUGGGCCUUGGCCGCCGAUCUGCCGUAGUCGUCCGUUACUAUAAAAGCCGAUCUCUCAGUGUAUUGGGUACACCCAACACACGAACAACAUCAAACCUUUAAAAAGCCGGCAAGGAUCCAACUUAAAACGACCAUCUUUUUAUUGGCCCGCGCAAAUUCAACCAUGGAACGAGGAAAAGAUACCGGAAUCUCCAUUCUUGUUAUCGGGGGUGGCAUUGCAGGUUUAACCUUCGCUAUUGAGGCUCACCGGAAGGGUCACAAUGUCCAGAUUAUCGAACGACGACUCCGUGGGGAGACUGCGGGCGAAAUCAUUGUGAUUACAAGCCCUGCCCUCCAGACCCCGAAGAAAUGGCCGGGUUUCAUGGAACGGGCGAGACAAGAGGCAGUCACCCCGACGAUCGUCAUGAAAAAGUUCGACGGGACAGUGAUCGGAUCCUUCCCUGUCGGUAUCCCAGACGACCCAUCUCUGCCCAUCUACCGAUCAAAGCUGCAUAACUUGCUCUCCGAGUACGCCGAGCAGCUCGGCAUCCCGAUAGAGUUCUCCGCGACUGCUUCAGAAUUCUUCGAAACGGACGACCAUGGUGGUGUGGUCCUGUCUGAUGGGCGCUGUCUCACGGCUGACGUAGUGGUGGCGGCCGAUGGCGUUGGCUCCAAAUCGUGGGCAUUGGUCGUUGGCAGCAACGACCCCCCAAUCAGUUCAGGAUUCGUGCUUUAUCGUGUCACAUUCCCGGUGGCACCGGCCCUCGAAAAUCCAGUCAUCGCGGCGGAGCUUGGAGGAUUCAAUGACCGCACAUUCCUACACGCAGGUCCGGGGGCACACAUCGUUACUUGCAAAACUGCGGAAGAGAUUUGUUGGCUGCUCACUCGCAGGGAGGAAGGCAGUGUUGCCGAAGAAGACUGGGCGAAGACAACAUCGAUCGACAAGGCCCUCCAGGCUGUCGAGAGCUGGGAGCCGUUCGUGACCGAGCUUAUCAAGGCAACACCCAACCACAGCGUUCUUGCCUGGAAGCUUAUGUGGCGUAACCCUCAACCGCGGUGGACGUCACCUGGCGGCCGCGUCGUCCAGGUCGGUGAUGCCGCACAUUCAUUUCUGCCGACCUCAGCCAGUGGUGGGACUAUGGCCAUGGAGGAUGCGUAUUCUCUGGCAGCGUGCUUGGAUAUUGCCGGGAAGAAGGAUGUAUCUCUAGCAACGAAAGUGCAUAACCACUUGAGGUUUGAGCGAGUCUCCUGCGCACAGAAAAUGGGCUUCAAAAAUCGCGAGAUCUUCCACAACACCGACUGGGACGCCGUCGCCAAGAACCCCCAGAUAUUAGGCAAAAUAGUUGGAGAUUGGCUGCUACGCCAUGACUCAGAGCAGUACGCAUAUGAGAAUUACGGCGAAUGUGCGGAGCACCUCCUCAAGGGUACGCCAUUCAAGAACACGAACUCUGUACCUGGCUACACAUACAAGCCGUGGACUGUCAAGGAGCUUCUAGACGCUUCGGAGAGUGGCAAGCCUGUUGAAGAUGAAGGAAACUGGUCCUAAAUGUAAAGGAAAUCAUCAGUGGGCUGGACAUGGUAUAAAAAGAUGAAGAUAUAUUUCUGGGCCGUUAUGUUCUAGACAAGCGUAUAUUAGAUCUUCUUCG